UAUUGCUUUGUGGUUUGCAUUGGCAUGUCGAUGUGUGAGAACUACAUCUGAUUAGUUUUGGAAACAUAUUUAAGAUGUCUGUUGCUUUCUGUUGAGUGUAAACUGUGGCAUGUGCCUGGGAUUAGAACAUUUCAUUGAGGAUUUUAGGUGCGCCCUGAUGCUUGCGUGUUUAGAAGGAAAACUUCAUGGCCUGAACUUUUAUCGGCGCUGAAGUUUGUUGGAGGUUUUCAGUUUGCAGCUGAAAUAUGUUCCAGUUCAUACAGAAACGGAUUCACAAUCACCUGGUGGAACGUAAAAUUCGAAGAGCCCGUCUGGUUACCAAGGAUGGCCAUUGUAACAUUAAAUUUGGUAGCCCUGAAUAUCCCAACCACUUUGCUUUCCUCAUGGACUUCUGGACCACGUUUGUUGAAAUCCGCUGGUGUUUUGUGAUUGUUUUCUUCGUAGCAGCCUUCACCGGAAGCUGGUUCAUUUUCGGUUUACUCUGGUAUUCACUUGCUAAAAGUAACGGAGACUUAAUCCAGAGUUCAUCAGAAUCUUACCAGAUGAAAUGCAUUGAGAACAUUAACAGUCUCACUACGGCCUUCCUGUACUCUAUAGAGACCCAGACAACCAUUGGUUACGGAGGUCGUGCUCUCACGGGUCACUGCCCGGGCACGGUCGCACUGUUAAUCAUCCAGUCCCUCGUGGGCGCUAUAAUAAACUGCUUCAUGUGCGGACUCAUUCUCGCGAAGAUCUCUCUUCCAAAAAGAAGAGCGAAAACAGUCACCUUCAGCGAAACAGCAGUCAUCAAUCUGUGGAAGGGAAAUCUGUGUCUCCAGAUACGAGUGGCCAACCUGAGAAAGACCCUUCUUAUUGGCAGCCAGAUUUAUGGGAAGCUCCUGCAGACCACCAUCACUCCAGAGGGCGAGACCAUCAUAUUAGACCAGGUGAACGUUGACUUUUUGGUGAAUGCCGGGAAGGACAAUCUCUUCUUUGUUUGUCCUCUUACGCUGUACCAUGUGAUCGACAAGUCCAGUCCGUUUUCAGAAAUGGCUGCAGAUGUUCUUCAACAGCAGGACUUCGAGUUGGUGGUCUUCUUGGAGGGUACGGCCGAAUCCACCAGAUUGUCCUGUCAGGUGAGGACCUCCUACCUUCCACGGGAGAUCCAGUGGGGUUAAGGCUUCCUGCCCGUCAUUUCUCGCACCAAAAGUGGAAAGUAUCGCGUCGACCUGUCCAACUUCUCCAAAACGGAGCCGGCGGAUACGCCACACUGCGCUUCUUGUUUCCAAAAUGAACAUAAUAAGGAACUCAUCCUCCAUCAGCACACACAUGAAGGCAUUGAUAAUCUGGGAUUUUAUGUUAUUGACCUUCAAGAUUGUGGUGAGAAAGGGGACUGAGCAAGACUUGUGUCGGUUAAACAUCCCUGCAGCGUGUCACAUUAAAUCAUUCUGAUCUGUGAAAGUUAGACAUUUGAAGAAAAGGCAACAACUUGAUAUUCCACUCAAAUGUGUUCAUACGACAAAUAAUCUGGAUUUGGGUAAAUUUGAUGAGAAAUGUUUGAGUUUAUUUUGAGAUCUUCAAUAAUACUGACUUUUUAGUGCAGAUUUGGCAAAUCUGAGCUCAGUUUGUGACAUUGUUGAGAUGUCUUUUGAAACUCUAAUGGAGACAUUUGUAAAAAUUCUUGGUAUUUUUGUCAGGAGAAAUAUCUGAGGUGACUUAAAAGCAAACGUUUCCAAUUGCUCUCAUUUUGUCUCAUUCAUGUAUCAGAUAAAUGAUUGAGAAGAGAUAUUAAAGAGAUCUCAUCUAUAAUUUUUCUUUCUUGUGGUUGAAGUUAGGAAAGGCUUACUAUCUCAGAAAAUGUUGUUAAAAACGCCAAAUGGGUCUAAUGUGACUUCCGAUUCCUGCUCAUGUGAAAUGUCUGGUAAUAUCAGAGACUCAAUGCAUUUAUAUUACAUAGCCUGUUUAAAGGGGUCAUAUGGCGCGAACACGUGUUUUUCUGUGUCAUUGGUGUGUUAUAAGUUGCCCAUGCAUGUAUUAGACACGUAAAUUUGCAAAAAUUAAAGUGUCAGAACAAAAGAUGCAUUCUAUCUAAAAGCGAAUGCUCACCCAGACCUGCCUGAAACGCCUCGUGUAACCACACCCCCACAAAUCUAUGUCAGUUCGUGGUAUGAUUUGACUAAGACCACCCAAAUGUAUACGCAAGUAAGGUGGGCGUACCUGUCAGUACAAUUGCUUUGGAACCUGAUGUUCCAAAUAUGGUAAGAGGCGUUACAUUUCCGUCACACGCUUGCAGUAUUCGACCAAUCACUAUGCACUGGUUAACUGGCCAAUCAUAGCACACCUCGCUUUUCAGAGCGUUGAGCUUCGUAAAAAAUCUGCGGGUUUUAGAGAGGCGGAGCAAAGAGGAGAUACAAACAUGCACGGUAUGUGGAAAAUACAGCGUUUUUGAACCUUAAAUCGUGUAUACACAUUGCAUUACAACUAAAACAAACGAUAAUAUUCAUUUUAGCCGUGUCAUAUGACCCCUUUAAAGUUCUACCUAUCUUUUUAUUCUGUUUCAUAAAACACUUAAAUCAUUGGAGAACAGUUUUGAAAACGUCAUUAGUGUAAAUUAUUUAAGUGCUCUUUGAUUGCAGCCUGCUGAGUGCACAUAGGAGGAUUAGAAUGGAAGCCAAAUUAGAUUAGAGUGAAGCAUAACAGUAUGUAGACUCCCUUAUCUAUUGUUUUACUAAAUUAUGCAUUUGAUAACAAAAUUUGUAUUAAGAGACUUUCUAAAAUGUCAUGAGAUUUUUUUGCUAAUUACAUCGUAAACAUUUCAAUGUGACGAUUAAAAGGAUUGACCUAUAGAAGCACUACCAAAUGGCUUUUAGUGGGCCGUGACAUUUUAAAGAGGCAGAAAGCCACCAACUAGAAAGCUUUGAGUCUACAUGUCAGUUAUUUAAAUCUUUAUUUACCAGUGAAUCAUUUUAGAAGGUUCUCAGAUUUUACAAAUAUAUGGUUUUAGGAAUAUAUUUUAUUUAAAAAUAUAUAGUAUCAGUUUUAGAUGACAAGGUGGCAAAACACUACCCAAUUUUGUCUGUAUUUAAUUUAAUCUAUGUCAUAUUUUUUACCCAAACUUUCUACCUUGUUUGGUUAGCAAGAUAUGUGUGUCAAUUAACCUCACAUUUACAGGAAGGAAACGUAAAAAAAAGGUUUAAGGUUGCUGUCUGGUGUACUAUUUGUUUGGUUUUGGCAUUGUUUUUAUCCUGUUACCCAUGAGCCUAUCAAGAUAUGACACGUAUCGAGAAAUUGUAAUUAAGCUGUCAUGCUUUUCAAAAUAACAUUGAAG